AUGCCUCGCACAACGACAGAGACAAAUAAUAAUUCUCAUCCGGGUUCAGCAACCAAAUCAAGCAAAAAAGUUACCAUCAAGAAUGGGUCGAGCAUUCCAACCAUCGAAGAACGUCUCGGUUAUCUUCGUCCGUCGAGAGAGUUGUUAGAAUUCUAUCGACGAAAGAUCGCUCAAUACGACAAUGAACGUGAUGAUAUGAUUCAAAAACUCGAUCGAUGUAAAGUUGCUUACGAGGAAAAGCAUAAAUUGGAAUGGGAAGUGCGUAAACGUGAAAGUGAAAUAGUUGAAUUACAGAAGGCUAUUAGUGAUUUGCAAAUCUAUUUAUUUCAAGAACGUGAACAAGUUCUACGUCUUUACGCUGAAAACGAUCGCCUGAAAAUUCAAGAAUUACAGGAUCGUAAAAAAAUCAAUCGCUUAUUGAAUCUAUGUGGUGUUAGUGAAGAAGAAAUAACUUAUUUCGUCAAAGAGCCACCGGGUGUCGGAAUUGUUCCUCAAAAAGUCUCACCGGUAGUUGUCAAUGAGCAACGUCCAUCAACUCAUUCGAAGGAUCUAGUCCAAAAGAAAUCAACGAAAGUUGCACCGCAAAUCCGCGAUAACGAAACACUCCUGUUACAAAUCGAAGCAUUACAAGCUCAACUCGAAGAACAAACAAAACUAGCAAAAGAACAAGUCGAAUCGUUACUUGAAGAUCGCCGUGUACGCAUCGAAGAAUACGAUGUCCAACGCAAACGAGAUGAAGAACGUCUUAAACAAAGCCAAGAAAAAAUUGUUCAAAUGCAAAAUCUUCUUCAUGAAUCAACCAAAGAUGUGAUUGAAUCGAAAUUCGAUUUACGUAACGCCGAAAGGCAAUGGUUAACCGAGAAGGACCAACUGUUGCAAGAAUUAGACAAAACGGCAGCGCACGAACAACGAAAAGACGAUGAAAUUCUUUUUCUCAACACUUCGAAUCAUAUCCAAAAUACCUCAUCAGCAGCUUCGCUUCUUCUCCAGGAAAACGCCUAUUUUGAAGAAGAAAGGAAGAAAUACGAAGAUGAAAUCCACUCUUUGGAACAACAACAUGUUCAAACACACAAACUUGCUGAAAUGUAUCGAAAUCAGGUCUUAUCUUUAGAAGAACAAUUGUGCAAGAUUCGAGAAGAAGGUGAUGUUACACGAGAGAUUUAUAAAGAUCGAUCGGAGAAGAUGGGUCGACGACUGACAUUGUCAAACGAACGAUUUAAGGAAUUAGAACGCCGCCGAAAUAUGGAAAUCGAAGGUUUCAAGACUGAUAUCAAAAUGUUACGACAAAAGUUGAAAUAUGUUGAAAAACAAUUGUUUAGAGUUACCGUUGGUUUAACAGGAAAUACAGAUGAAAUCGAUGUUCUUCAACACGUGAAAGAAACAGCUGUCCGAUCGAAAGAAAUGCAAGGCGAAUUGAAUCAUUUGAAAGCGAAAAUUUAUAGUUUAGAAAACGACGUUCGUCAUUUAUAG